UAAUCUUGUGAAUAUAUCAAAACUUUUACUGUCUGGAAGACUGGACGAUUUGAAGACUACUCUUUGGAAUAUAACGUGCUUGCUAGCAAAACGUCAUUUUGUUUUCAACGUCAGAAUGAAUUUCUUCAUUGUUUUCUUGUCCAUACUCUCGAGUUGUCAUGGUAUUCUUUUAGACGGUCUUCGACCUGAAAGUCAUACCUCUGGUGGACCAGUUGAGGAAUUCCCACGCGAUUGUCAAGAUUUACUAUGGCUAGGUCAAAGAGAAAGUAAGAUCUACACAAUCUACCCCCAACGAAGCGGAAGUUUUGAGGUUUUCUGUGACCAGAAGACAGAUGGAGGAGGAUGGGUGGUUAUACAAAGGCGAAAGGAUGGUUCGGAGGAUUUCUUUCGAGGUUGGACUGACUAUAAAUAUGGAUUUGGAAACAAAUCUGAUGAAUUUUGGCUGGGAAAUCAUCGGAUAUGGGAAAUUGUAAAUCAAGGAUACUAUGAAUUACGAAUCGAUAUGGAAGACUUCGUUGAUGAAAGUCGGUAUGCAACCUAUCGAAAGUUUGGCAUCGGUGAUGACAGCACGUCUUAUGCACUGACUGUCCAGGAUUAUGUCGGGACAGCAGGGGAUGCGUUUGGAUACCAUCAUGGAAAGCAGUUCUAUACAAAGGACAGAGAUAGCGCCUAUAACUGUUCCAACACCUUUAAGGGUGCAUGGUGGUAUGGCCACUGUCAUGACUCCAACUUGAAUGGACAAUAUCUAAGAGGAACUACAAGUUCGUAUGCUACCGGUGUUGUAUGGGAAACUUGGCAUGGGUAUUACUACUCGCUGAAAUCUACUGAAAUGAAAAUCAGAAGAAUGUAAAGUGAAUAAAACAAAGAGAAAA